AUGGAUUUGAAAAUUUUAACUAUUGUUUUAAUUUAUUUUGCUUCACAAACUCACGAAUAUGUUUAUUUUUCCGUUCCAUUUUAUCAACAUUUUAACAAUCAUUCAAGUACAUAUGAAUACAGAGAAAGAAUUUAUAGUAAUUUAAAAUUUUUAAUGCGGAAGAUUUCACUAGACUUUCCAGAUGUACCAUAUGAAAGUAUAUUAUUAAAAAGAGAAUUUAUAACCUAUGAAGACAUAAUAAAUGAUACUCGUACAGAUCACAGAUAUAUUCAAGUUCAAAAAAAUGGUAGAUACAAGUAUAUAAUUCUUCCAUUAAAUCAGGUGAUGGUAGAAUUUUUCGAGCAUGAUGGAAGAAGAUAUUAUGCUUGUAAUAAAAGCCCUUUUACAACUUACAGAAAAGCUAGAAUAAAUUGUGAACUUUUAGAAAAAUAUAGUAGUUUAAAAUCACAACACAGACUUUUAGGAAAAGACUUUUUUGCUGGUAGAAUUUGGAGGAAUAAUUGGAGAGAUUGUUAUUAUAAAUGUUUUUCAGAAACACAUUUUCUAGAAUUAAAAAAAAGAUUUUUAAAAGAAUUAGUUAUGUUAAGAAAUAUUUAUAAUAAGCCCAUGAUUUUUUACAAUAAAACUUUAGAAUUUACAGCAGACUAUCAUGCACGAAUAAAUGCAUUGGUGAACAAACUUUUAGUAGCUGGUGAUGAAAAAAGUAAAGUACAUGAAGUUGCUGCUUUUAUUAGUCCACCAUUUGCUAAUUUACAAUUAAAUAAAUGGUAUAACGCAUUAUUAGAGGAACGAAGAAAUAGAAAUAAUAAUAUAAAAAGGAGUAAAUUAGAAUCAAAACAGUUUUAUUUAUUACUUUCUUCACGUAUAAGAGAAGUUGGAUUUGGAGUUUAUUUAUACAAACAAAAAUUAUCUAUUGUAUUAACAUUUAUGUAG